AUGGGUAACGAUGGUGGCAGCAUACCAAAGCGCCGCGAGCUGGUGAAAGAAGCAGCGCGGAACCCGACGGCCACCGAACUCAGGGAAUCGCAACACGAGCAACAAGAAUAUUGCUGGACCACGGACCCGAUAUCACAGAAGCCGCUCGCGCAACCUAUCGUAUCUGACUCAGCUGGUAAGCUGUACAACAAAGAUACUAUUCUCGAAUAUCUGGUUGAAGGUGCUCGGAAGGAUGAAGCGGAGAAUGCCACUCAAGGUUCGAUCAAAAGCCUCAAGGACGUUGUCGAAGUUAAAUUUACCGUCAACGCCGAUGCCACAACCAAGAUAGCCAGAGAGGCCUGGGUCUGCCCGGUCACUGGCGACAAGCUCGGUCCCGGUUCGAAGGCAGUGUAUCUUGUGCCUUGUGGGCACGCCUUCUCCGCGACUGCAAUCAAGGAAGUAUCAGGUGAACGGUGCCUUACCUGUGAGACCGAGUACGCGUCGAACGAUAUCAUCCCUAUAUUGCCCGCAGUAGCUACGGACAUUGCUCGGCUAUCUUUACGGGUGAAGACGUUGCAGGAGAAAGGUCUCACCCACUCGCUCAAGAAGGCUUCCGGAGGUGGUAAGAAGCGCAAGAAGAAGGACGAGCUCAGCCAGACUACGCAUUACGCUGCAACGCCGGUCAGAGAUGCGCCAGCCGCUACUGAAAAUGCCGGAAUCAAGAACAUUGCCACAGCCUCGCUCACUGCAAAGGUGUUGGAGGAACAGGAAAGGAUCAAGAAGCGCAGGCUCGAAAGCGGGACGGUUCGCAGCCUCUUCUCUUCACGCAAUCAAAACGAGCAACAUGCCAACAAGACGGACUUUAUGACGAGAGGGUAUAGUGUGCCCUCUACAGCGAAGCGAUGA